AUGGCACCAUUAAACGUUGAAGUCUCACCAUCAUUAUUAAGUGUUCAUCUUGGUGGUAACGCCGAAUUUACUUGCAUCGUUAGUACACAUUCUCAAGCCGGUCAACACUUCAUUACCUGGUUUAAAGAUGGAAGACAACUCCCAGGUGCUGGUAGACAAUCUGAAACAUUAACACUUAAUGGAAUCAAUCGAGAAGAUAGAGGAAUGUAUCAGUGUGUUGUGAGGAGAGGAGACGACACUUCUCAAGCAUCAGCAGAACUUCAACUCGGAGAUGCUCCACCAGUUCUUUUAUACUCUUUUAUUGAACAAACACUUCAACCAGGACCGGCUGUUUCGCUUAAAUGCUCAGCAGCUGGAAAUCCAACACCUCAGGUUACUUGGACAUUAGAUGGAUUUAAUUUACCGACCAUUACU